AUGAAGCAGCUAUCGUCGCCGGCUCCUGGACGUAGGCGGGAUUCGUGCCUUCAAGAGGUUUCGGCCGAUUUCCUCCGGUUAAACGGUAGCCGACAACAAUUCCGGAAUUUAUUGUCAACUAGAAAGAAAUUAGGAUCUUUACCACCAGCGUAUACAAGGAUCGACUACAGUCGCGACUCGUUGGAUUCAAAUUUGAAUCGAACACCUCAUCAUGGUCCCGUGAUCACUGUUGAAGAUACCGGUUCACAAUUACGGAUCAACCGGGUCAAGUCAAGUAUAACAGACAGCCUUGUUGACUCACAUAAGGCUUCCCUCGAGAAUUCUACAGUAGCCUUCUGUGAGAGUAAUGGCAGCGCCGGUAGUCACCCAACAUCUGCCCAUUUCAAACGAAAUAAUAGCAGAUACGGUGUACCUAUCGACAGUUCAGCUGUGAAGUUGGUCUAUCGCGUUCGAUCUGAGCGUCUCAGUAAUCGAUAUUUCUUACUAUCUCUUGAAUUCCAAGCUCAUCCUGUUUCACUGAUGCUUCGUUCAUUUGUCGCCUUAUCAACCAUAGCUCUUUUGGUUCAAAUCGUAUUGUAUCACAUCAAUGACAUCGUGCUUGAUUUGGUCGACUGUGGCGCUGACGACUGGCGUGUAGUUGUAACAACUGAUCGGGCUCUACAGUUUUGCACGGAAUUUGUGCUGUGCGCGAUCUGUCCACUUCCAGGUAAUAUUGAAUUUCGCCUUCUAAAUGGCAGGCACACAAAUUUUGGAUUUUAUGUCCCCCUCGAUGUGCCGUUGUCGAUUCUAAUGCUUUCACGUGUCUAUCUAUUCGCUCGAUUCAUGGUUUUACACAGUAAACAGUUCCAGGACGCUUCAACUCGAACACUGGCUGCGUUGAAUCGUAUUCAAGUGAACUUCUCAUUCGUUUUGAAAACCGUACUGGAUCAACAACCCAUUCUCUUCCUCACAACAUUUACUAUCGUAUUCUGGAUAGUAACUUCAUGGACAUUUGUUCAAUGUGAAAGGUUUGGACAAGCCGAUCAGGACGUACCAUCGAUUCUUUACUCCAAUGCUCUCUGGUUCAUAGCUAUCACCUUCAUGCUGAACGGUUAUGGUGACAUUGUGCCACAGACACAUGCCGGAAGAAUCAUUGCGAUUUUUGUUGGAGUUAUUGGUGCCAUUAUAUCCUCAAUUCUUAUUGCUGUUAUUUCACGAAAUAUUCUAUUAUCACAAGGUCAACGUAAUGUGAACAAUUUUAUGCAUGAUAGCAAGUUGACACGAGAGCACAAAAAUGCUGCAGCAAAGGUGUUGCAACAGACAUGGCGCAUUCACAAGUGCCUUCGAUGUGGCCCUGAUAGUCGACUUCGCACAUAUCAACGGAAGUUUCUUCGUGCAAUUCAUGAUUUCCGGGCCAUCAAGAACGAAAUGCGAGUAUUCUCUGAAAACAAUUCUGCGAAUAGCCAACAAGUAACUCGGCUGGUGGCCGAAAUGCAUUUUUCAAUGCAGCGUUUAGUAUCGGCACAAGAGGAGAUGAGGGCUCAAAUUGAAGUUCUGCAACGAGCUGUUCGAAAUCAUUACACGAACACUCAACAACGGUUAGUUCUACAGAAAACCUUUAUUUCAGAGUUUACGGAACUUUUGUGCUCAGGAAAGCUGUCUACUAGUUAG